UGUAAAGGCGGGUUUCUUGAAGCCUUCGUUGGGUGCUUAACUGCCAUUUAUUGGACAUUACUAAAUAAUUGGAACUGUGCUGAAAUAACAAAAAUCGAACGCAAAGAAGCCGAUUGGUUCAUAGUAGCUAGUGGUGAAAUAUUGGAACACGAACUGGCCUCAAAUUGCUUGUUUAUGGAGUUUACCGAAACUUAACAGCGAUGUCCAAUGAUACACGAAGAGAUUUGCUUCUUGGUAUAGAUAGUAUGCUCACUAACUUACUUAAUGCUAUUCGAUUUGAACGCAAAAUAUAUGAUGAUUCUUUUCAUGACGUUGAAAAUUCACCGAAAACUUCCAAUUUAAAUAAAAAAGAAAAGAACUUUUCUCCAUCUGCGACAUCCUGUAAAGCUACACAAACUGUACAAACAUUUCCAUUACCUUCUGAUUUAUACAAUUCACCAAUUGAUUUAAGACUAAACCAAGAUGUGAUCUCUCAACAAAAGUGUCACGUUUCAAAGUAUACAACACCAUCUGGUUUUACUUCUUCUGGACAUCAAUCAUGUUGCUUAUCAAUAGCACAUCAUUGUGAAAAAACUAAUCACAAUGGUUUUACAUUAAUGUAUCCGUCACAUUCAAAUUCAUCAUGCUCUUGCAGUUGUAAACUACAUCAAGAUAAGUAUUGUUCCACUCCAAAGUGCAAUAAUAUUGAUCUUAGUCGAACUGGUAAUAUAACAGCUCACUCUAAUCAUAUUUUAUCAUCAGAUGCUAAGAAUUCUUCCACAAGUGGUUGUUCCACUGCUUGCUCUUCCUGUCAAAAGCAUUCAUGUGGUUUCGUCACCCCAAAGUAUCCUUCCGAGUCAUUCCCUACAAAAUCUGAUUGUUCUUGUUCUUGUCGUAUGCAUAUUUUAACAAGACUCUCUUAAUGUUAUCACAUAAUAAUAAUAAUAAUAAUAUGUUUGUACAGAAAAAAAAUGUGUAUUUGGUAAAUAUGUGCUAUUUUGUUUUCCAUUGACCUUGUAUCAUCUCAUUUACAAAUAUAAACCUC